AGAAGCAUAUAAGAUUAAAAAAGAUUAGAAUAUUGAACAUUAAUUAUUGUGAGAGCACUAUAAUAUUUAAAAUUUAUUGUUUAUAAGAUAAAACUUAAAAGCAAAAUGUUAAAUAGCACGAAGCUUUUUGUGAAUAAGGAUUUGAUUAGUUUUAUUUCCAUAAAUUUACGUAAUAUAAGUUUAACCACAUGUAAUAAAAAAAGUUCAAUUUUUGUUAAACCUAAACCGGGAUGUGGAAAACAAUACCGUCGAAUUAUUCAUUUUCCUGAGGAAUAUACAGUGGAACCAUUAAAAACAACUCAUUUAGCUGGACGUGAUCCUGAAUCCGGACGGGUUAUUGCUAAAGGAAUUGGUGGUGGCGUCAAACACAAAUAUCAUUGGAUAAAAUGGGUUAGAGAUGGUCCAACUGAAGGACCUCCCAAACAUGAAAAGGUUUUAGAAAUUAUUGAUGAUGGUUGUAGGACAACUAAAGUUGCGCUAGUGGGAACUGGUGAUGAACUAAAAUAUAUAUUGGCAACUGAAAAUAUGAAACCUGGUGAUAUAAUAAAAACUUCGAAAUUUAUACCACGUAUACCAGUUCGACCAAAUGAAGGUGAUGCAUAUCCUUUAGGCGCGUUACCUGUUGGUACUAGAAUACAUUGUUUGGAAAAAAAUCCUGGAUAUCCCUGUCACUUAAUACAUGCGGCUGGCACUUUUGGUACAAUUUUAAGGAAAUUCGACGAUAAGGUUGUUGUGCAAUUGCCAUCAAAAAAGGAAUUUGCAUUUGAAAAAAUAUGUAUGGCAACUGUUGGUAGACUUUCGAAUAUAAAUCAUAACAAGGAACACGUUGGAAGCGCACAAAAAAUGCGUGAACUAGGAAAUAGGCCUCGUUCAGGCCUCUGGAAACGAAAAGAUGGUCGUCAUGGUAGGAAAAUACGUGCUUUACCACCGAUGACAACAAUUUCCGGCCCCGCUGUUCAAAAAGAAGAACCGAUUAAAUUGACUUUACGAAACCUUUAAAUCUUAUUCUUUUUUAUUUUACAAUUUUUAAGUAUAUGAAAAAUUAAACUUAAAUGAAAUAUUAAGACUCCGAUCAAAAUAUAACUGAAGCCUACAAUUUAAGUAACAUUCAAAACACACCAAAAAGCUAUUAAAAAUAAUACUUUAAUUUUUAAUGUCAAAA